AGUUUGUGUAUGAUUGAUAAUUUCCAAUCACAUACUAAAUCUUAUUCACAACUAGAGAUACUCAACCUUUUUGCAGGUGAAAAAAGAAGCUUUUUGGAAAUAGUUUUCUUCCUAAACUAGAACACCUACACCACCAAAGGAUGUGCUGCAGUGGAUGGGACUGCUCCUCCCUUAAUCAGAGGUCUUGGGUUCGAGCCCUGGAUAUGGAAAAAUUCUUGGUAGGUAGGGAGCGCUUCCUCUCGAAUGGGGCCCUACGCGGCGCGAAUCCGGAUAUAGUCGGGCUCCAAUACGGGUACCGGACAUUGGCUGGGAAACUAAAAAAAGAAAGAUAAACUUGUAUUAUGUCUCAUUUAUGCUUUACUUUUGGCCAGAGGAGACAUAAAGGACUAAGUAAAGAUAGCUGCAAAAUGGACAACAGCCUUUAAUUUUAGAGAAGAGAGAAUCUCUUCAUGCAAAGCAUUGCCACCCCUUUUCCCUCCCUUGUUUUCAUAUAAAAUCUUUCCCAUUUUCUUUCUAUUUCCCACCUCUAAAUUCUCAUAAUUUGUGCAUUUGAUAAACCUUUCUAUCUUCCUAGAAAAAUCAUGUCCUUGAUCCCUCAUCCUCGGCCUCAAGUUGUUGUGAAUGGAGUCCAGAGAAUGAGAACUUUCCAUUAUUAUUGGUGUCGUCAAUGCCAAAGAUCAAUCAGGACAACUUCAACCAAUUCAUCUGAAAUAUUAUGUCCUCGUUGUUUUGGCCAAAUUCAAUAUAAUCUUGAUGUUUCGAGGCGUAGGCUAGUCCUUUCGGAUGUCAUGACCAGGCUACAACCAUCUUCAAAUUCGCGUCUUCUUGAUGCCUUGGCUCUAAUUCUUGAUCCGUCAAUUAGGCUACAAAAUCUUGACCAUGGUGACGAAAAUUAUCAGCUUAGACAACGUGCUCGAAUCAUUCUCCAAUUUAUAGGCCCUGAUGAAAAUAUACUUUCUUUACCAGCAAAUAAUACUUCCCUGGAAUCGUCAAACGAAAAUGGGGUGGAAGAGUUGAUUCAAGAAUUAACUCGAAACGAUAGACUAGGGCCAUCUCCAGCAAUUGAUGCAUUGCCAAAAGUUGUACUAACAGAUAGGCAUUUAGCUAAUGACACUGUUUGUCCUGUUUGUAAGGAUGAGUUUGAAGUUGGGAGUGAAGUUAGGGAGCUGCCCUGCAAACAUUUUUAUCAUUCUGAAUGCAUUUUUCCAUGGCUGGAAAAUCAUAAUACUUGUCCGGUUUGUCGAUAUCAGCUGCAAGGAUUCACUAAUAACUAUGAUGUCCAACAAGGAAAUUACAUCAAUAGUAGAUAUAAUUUAGAUGAUGAAGAAGAGGAACAAGACAUGAGGAACCCUUUAUUAUGGGGUUUGACUAGGCUUAUGUCAUUGUGGCCUGUCAAUUUGCUAUCUAGUUGGAUACAAAGAUACUUCAAUUACCCUCUUGACAAUGCAACCUCUGAUUUUCUUGGAGGAAUACCAUGGUGGAGUACAUGGCACAUUCUUUGACACGAAGGCUGCUGAUUGGACCCCUUCUUCCAUUGAAGAAAUAUCACAGAGUAGUCUUCUUUUUCCUUUCAGUACUCUUUGCUUCAUUAGGCAGUUUAUACUUUUGCAUGGAACUCAUUGAUGCUAAUGACUUGAUUUCAAGAACAGCAAUAUUUUAGAGCCUUGGAAGCAUUUUCAGACAAAACGAUGGGGAAAAUAAUGGCCACGAAGCUUUGGUUUAUGUAUUUCAUGGUCAAGAUUGUUGUCAAUAGCAAACCUUACGCCAAUUUAUUUAUCACUUACUAUGUUUUCUGUUAGGAUGUCAUGUCUUAAUAUUCACUGAGUAUGAUAUUUUACAGUAUUAUGAUGGUUGUAUGGUUCAUCAGCAGACUUUUCAAAUUUAAUUAUUUUGGUUUAAGACCUAUUCAUUUGUUGGUAAA